AUGUCAGCUGGGCAGCCGCCCCCUCCUCAGACCGUUACUUCUGGCGGUCUGGCGCAUUACUCGCAACACCAGUCUCAACUCCUGCCCCCUGGACCUUCGUACUCCAACCCGGCCCCCUACAGCCAGUAUGGCUACGCCAAUGGCCUGACGUCCCCCCCGGCCGCCCCUCCGUCGGUAUCAAAUACCAUGGGAAACCCCUCGACGGUUCUGCCCUCCAUCCCCGGCGUGGCUGGCCAGGCCCAGUACGUUGGGUUCGACACCACGGGGCAGCAGCCUCCCCCGGGCAUGAAGCCUCGUGUUACUGCCACGCUGUGGGAGGACGAAGGCAGCCUCUGCUUCCAGGUCGAGGCUCGAGGUAUCUGCGUCGCCAGGCGAGAAGACAACCAUAUGAUCAACGGAACAAAGCUGCUCAACGUUGCUGGAAUGACUCGUGGCCGUCGAGAUGGCAUUCUGAAGAGCGAAAAGGUUCGCCAUGUCGUCAAAAUUGGCCCCAUGCAUCUGAAGGGCGUCUGGAUCCCGUAUGAGCGAGCCUUGGACUUUGCCAACAAGGAGAAGAUCACGGAGAUGCUGUAUCCGCUCUUUGUGCACAACAUUGGUGCCCUCCUCUACCAUCCCAGCGCCAACCCCGGAAGGACGAGCCAAGUCAUGACCGCUGCUGACCGACAACGGCGCGAGAGCGUUCCCAUGCGAAACCCGCCCCCCCCUGGGCUUCCAUCCAUUGGACAGCACCACCCUCUUGCUCUGCCUGGCCCUCAGCAGUCGCUCCCGUCGCAGUCGGCCAGCAGCCGGCCUCCUCUUGACCGGGCGCUGACCUUUCCCACGCCGCCCACGAGUGCUUCCAGCGUCAUGGGAAGCAUGGCGACCUCGGAGGGCUUCAACUGGCCCAACCAGGGCAUGAACGGAUCUCAGGGCAUGGAUGGUGGCCUCAGCAGUGCGCGCUCGAUGCCCAACACCCCGGCCGCAACGCCUCCCGGUUCCAUUCAGAGCAUGCAGUCGUACCCUCCGGCUCCUCAGGGCUAUGACAGCCAGCGCCAGAUGUACAACGCACCUUCGGCCCAACAGUCGCCCUACCAGAACUCGGCGAACCCUCCCCCGGACCGCCUGUACAGCCAAGCCGCGUCGUACUCAAAGAGUGAGAUGGGCCCGCCUGCAAGCCGACCGCCUGCGUCCAUCCCCUCCAAUGACCAGCCCGACAACAAGGGCCCUAACGGCAUUGGCCCUGGCGAACAGCAGAACCAGAGCCACGGCGAGGAGGAGGGCGAGCACGAAGCUGAGUACACUCACGACAGUGCUUCCUACGACCAUGCCCGCGCUCCGUACAGCUACAACACCGCAGGCGGCGUGGCGUCUAUGAACAACGACUCCAACAUGCCGUCGGAGAUGGCGAAUUCCCAAAGCCACCCGCCGGCUGGCUCGGGACGCUCGACGCCUCGAACGGCUGCGCCGCCCCAGCCCUACUACCAGCAUCACGGCGGGUACAACUCGCCACAGCGCGUGCAGCAGUCGACGAGCAACCUGUACAAUGUGAUGACGAGUGACCGAGCACCUACCAACGGGGCUCCAGGAAACGACGUAUAUGCGCCGCCGGCGGACAUGUCGAGCUCCAUGUCCAACGGCUAUGCCCCCCAGCCGCCGGUGAUGAAUGGUUCGGGUUCGGGCCUGAAGAGGUCGCGGGAUGACGAAGACGACAUCGUGCGGCCCCCAAGCGAUGACAUGGGAAACCUGGACCUUAAGCGACGAAAGACUAUGCUGGAGACAACAGUAUCCGCACCUGCGUACGACGCCAUGAGCCGACCUGCUUCGGCUAUCGCUGCUCCCCGUCGGCGGUAG